UUGCUGGCCUCAUCGGCCUCUCGAGACUCGAGAAACUACACUUGAACAUAUCGCCAUACAUCAGUACACUUCGCCAUGGCCCUGGACAUGGAAAUCGACCCCCCAACCUACCAAUUCGGUAACCUCCCCAAACUGCCCCUCGAGGUCCUCGACCAGAUCAACGAGUACAUCACCGGCGGCAACCCCCACAAGCCCUACUACUUUGGCUCCGUUGACCCGGCGCUCUGCUGCGUCAACUCGCUCUGGAACCGCAUCUUCACCCCACUCCUCUACACGCAAUUCAGCUACCACGGCAACAUCAAUAACGCCUGGUCCCUCUGGGGCUUCCUGCGCACCCUCUCCGAGCGGCCCGAUCUCGCCGCCCAGGUCAACGAGCUCACAAUCACGACAUGGGACAUCUACGAGCCAUUUGUACCAGAGGACAUGGCGUGGGAAUCGAACUUUAUCUCGCGGUGCUCCCACCUCUUUCUUGCCGAGGCUGAAUCCUCGCAGGGGGGUUUGCGCGCGUACCUCACGCAGGCGGGGCAUAUCCGCGCCGCGUACAGAGAGCACAUGAAGGCGUGGCAUGCGAAUGCGCACUACAUGUGGAAUCAGCAAUGGAUCGCGCCACUCCUUCUCGCCUUUGCGAUGCCGCAGAUGCCGAAUACGCUGCCGGACAGUAUCCUCACCAACGCAGAUCGCACGCUGUACAAUGGGCAAAUGCACACGGGCUACCAGGGACCCCUCGCGGCACUGACCAUCGCGCUCUGCCCGAAACUGCGCCGCCUGAACAUGGACCUGUGGGACCUCGGCCAGGACCUCUGGUUCAGCCGCGUCCUGGGGUAUGCGACGGGUCGCAACCCCGUCCCGCCUGCCCUGGCAAAUCACCGGCCCAUGCAGAACGUCGAGGUCGUCCGCCUCGCCGCGCGCAUGAUCAAGCCAAUCGGCUCCCCGGUCCAGCGCGGCUCUGCGGACAUUGCGGAUUUCUACAAGUUACCCGCCAUCCGCGAGCUCACCUGGUUGAACUCGGUGAUGCCGAGACUCUACGACCCCCCGAGGCCAGGCACGGAAACCACCAGCCCCAUCCAAAACUUGACCAUAACCGGCGACAUACGGCCGGGGCCCCAGAUCCCCUCGCUGCUCCCCUGGAUGCAGAACCUUCGCCAAUUGUCGCUCAAAUUGACCGGCCGUUACAUGCAGACCAUCCACGACCCCGCAGAGGGACCCAUCCUCUGGUCCUGGCUCUGGCAGCAGCUCUACGCUUUCAAAGACCAGCUCGAGUUCCUUGAUCUGUACCAGCGCCCGUUCCCGCUUACGGGGAGUGAGCCCUUUGUCUUUGAGACGAUGGUCAAGGGUGUGAAGGAUGGGAAGGAGAUGGUGGAGAUGGACGGCUUUUGUCCGCCGCUUGCCAAGUUUACAAAACUCGUGCAGUUGAAUAUCACCCCGCUGGGCCUGUACGGCUACAACUGCCAGCAUGCCGAGGGGAAGAGAUUCCGCGCACACCUGCCCCCCAAACUCAUCUCCCUCGGUCUGUAUACCGACGACGACGGCUACUGGGUGGAGACAUACAUCCCGUUACUCGCAACCGAACUCGAAAACACCGCACUCGGGGGCUCCGAGGUCGAGGGCGGGACGCUGAAAGCAAUCGUCGUCGACGAUCCCAAGAGCGGAGAAAACAUCCCCAGCGGCAAAUUGAAGGCUGCGGCGCGGCGGCUGGGAAUGUUCUACAGUGGGGAGGCGCGGACCUUCCUGUUCUUUGCGGGGGCGGAGACCAUUUGGGGGGAUAUGAAUGAUGACGUGUAUCGGAAGAUCGUUUUGGAGAGUGGUGGCGAGGAGAGGCAGCCAAAGCGGGUGAUUCCCAAGGGGAUGGUUGUGCAUGAUGUCAGGGGGGUGUUGAGGUUUUGAUACAAGGAUUGUUGAUUCGCCUUUUUCUCGUGUUGUCAUGGUUCUGUUGGCGUUGAUGAAAAUAUACUAGCCUGGCUGGAGUUAGAGUUGAUCUCUUGAUAAUAUAGAUGCAUAUAAAUGUGAUGUUUUCGAGGUAA